UGAGUCCGACAUGGAGAGGGCGGAUACGGAGAGAGGGAAAGAGAGAGAGAGAGAGAGAGAGAGAGAGAGAGAGAGAGAGAGAGAGAGAGAGAGAGAGAGAGAGAGAGAGAGAGAGAGAGAGAGAGAGAGAGAGAGAGCGAGAGAGAGAGAAAGAGAGGGAGAGAGAGAGAGAGAGAGAGAGAGAGAGAGAGAGAGAGAGAGAGAGAGAGAGAGAGAGAGAGAGAGAGAGAGAGAGAGAGAGAGAGAGAGAGAGAGAGAGAGAGAGAGAGGAGAGAGAGAGAAAGAGAGGGAGAGAGAGAGAGAGAGAGAGAGAGAGAGAGAGAGAGAGAGAGAGAGAGAGAGAGAGAGAGAGAGAGAGAGAGAGCAAGAGAGAGAGAGAGAGAGAGAGAGAGAGAGAGAGAGAGAGAGAGAGAGAGAGAGAGAGAGAGAGAGAGAGAGAGAGAGAGAGCAUAAGAUAAAAAGAGAGAGAAAGACCAUAUAAGAAAGAGAAAGAGAGAGAGAGA